AUGGCGACUAGCCAAUCUACACCGUCUACACCGAUGGCUAUAACUGGAUCCAGCGUUCACUCACACGAUGAUAAGAACACGAAGGAGAAAAGGAAGGAUUUCAUCAGCUACGAGUACCAAAACACCGACAAUGGGCCAUAUCGAAUUUUCGUAGAAUUAAAACAAACCGGAGCAACCAAUGUCAGCCUCAACAAAUUCUCACUUGGGGCCUAUUUGAAGAGUUUUGAUGAUAUAAAAGGACACGUUCAAGAGCUGCAAUACACAGGUAAAGACAAAAUUAUUAUUAAAAUAAAUAAUUACGACAAAGCCAAUAAAUUGGUAAAAUUAUUAAACGCGGGUAAUGGCAUUUAUCGAGCAUACGUACCAAAACAUGCAAUAAGCAUCUCCGGAGUGAUUUCAGGCAUACCGUUAGACAUAUCCGAUAAAGAAAUCCUUGAUGAUAUCGAAUGUGAGGUACCGGUAAUGAGCGUCAAACGACUGUCCCGCAAAGAAAACGAGGGGACGGUUCUUAGUACCAGGGAACUAAUCAAUUGGAUUACGCAAUUUCUAACCAACCGUAAAAUCACGCUUCUUGCAGAUGGGAAACCAGUAACGAGGAUUAUUAGCAACGGCCUACCUCAAGGGGACGUAAUGUCACCCACAUUGUUUAACAUAUACACUGCUGAUCUGCACGCUUCAUUUCCAGAUGACGUUUCAAUAACGCAAUAUGUAGAUGACUUCAAUCUUAUCGUUGGUGCUAGAAAUUUCGAAACUUUGAAAAACAAAUGCCAGGAAGUCACUGACAUUUUUGUAAAUAGAGCUGAGAAUCUUGGGUUCAAAGUGAACUCCACGAAAACCAAAGUCAUGGUGUUUCGUAGAGGACAAGCCCAACUACAAUUAAAAAUUAAAGGGGAAACAGUCGAAACCGUGAGGACCCAAAAAUACUUAGGAGUAACGCUAGACGCAACGUUAGGAUUCGGAGCUGAAGCUAGAGCGCUAAGAGGAAAAAUCAACGACAGAAUGAAUAUGCUAAAAAUAAUUUGCAACAUCAAGGUUGGAUCACAUCCGCAAACUUUGACAGACAUCUACAUAGCCUUGAUCAGAAGCCUUAUCGACUACAACGCAACAGUUUUUUGCAAUGCCCGAAAAACUAACAAAAAACUACUGGAAGUUGCUAACAAUCAGUGUCUCCGAAGAGUCACUGGCUGCACACGAACUACACCACUGAAUACGCUCAUGGCGAUCGCAGCACAAGUACCUCUCGAGUUCAGACACGAAUACAUCUGUUCAAAAGCUAUUAUCAGAAAUUUAGCCCAUAGGACUGCAGUAGGCUUACAGCUCAUGGCUCUCAACAAUGAUGAAAACAAUGAAAAUCUCUCCUUCAUGGAAACAACAUUUCUGAAAUACAAAUCCGUUUUCGUCCUCAUUAUGCCCUUUACAGAUCACGAACCUUUAAACGUCAAAAUUCAUGAUAAACUCGAAGGGUUAUCAAUUGCAAAAAAGAACACCAACACACAAAGACUUAAACAACUGACCUUAUGCGCUAUGAACAGCAAACACGCAGGCAAACCAAAAAUUUUUACUGAUGCAUCUAAAAUAGAUGGAACUUGUGGUAUCGGUAUCUAUAACGAAUACUACAAGCAAAGAUAUUCACUCAGACUUGCCCAUGAAACCAGCAUAACUGAAGCCGAAAUCACUGCCAUCGAAAUUGCCCUAGAUAACUUGAGAACUUCUGACAUAGAAUUCGUUCUUUACACGGACUCCUUGUCCGCCUGCACCGUUUUGAACAACGCUCUAAACGAAAGAAUGGUACCUCAACAGUUACACAAAAUAUUAUACCUCGCUCACAGUAAAAAAGUCGCUAUCCAAUGGAUACCGAGCCAUAUCGGCGUCAUUGGCAACGACAUAGCAGACAACCUAGCCAAACUAGCCAUCACAGACCCAGAUUCACCAAGUAUCGACAAUUUACUGUGUAUGAACGAUACAUUCCUUAAAAUCAAACGAAUCAAACUCAAAACAACCAAUGACUGGUAUCAGGAGUACGUCAAUGCAGAGGGUAAAGGCAAAACCUUCUACCAGAUUCAGGACACCUUCGAAGAAAGACCUUGGUAUUACAAUGUCAACUUAACAAAUACCGAAGUGAGAUUAUUAAACCGUCUUCAAUCAGGCCAUGAUUAUUCACCGUUUUGGAAACAAAAGAUGAAAAUAAUCGACGAUGCAGAAUGCGACCUUUGCCUCACGCUGGAAACCAGCGAACAUCUGCUCCUGCACUGCCCCAAAUUCGGAACAUUACGAUCUUCAUUUGAUUUUGACCGCAGAUUUGCAAACUUGACCGAGCUAUUCAAAUCCAAGAAUUAUGAGCACUACAAACAAUUAUGUAAAUUUGAAAAAGAGGCUAAACUCGACCUCUAA